AUGGUGUUUCAAACCAAAGAUACGGCCGCACAGUAGCAACGUUAUUGGGAAGAAAAGCUACUCUUGGACAGCUAUGAAGUCAAAAAGAGGAAACGAGGCUUUUGCUGGACCAAUAAGCUUAAUUUCAAUGAGUAAAUUAGUGUAAAAUGCAAGUAGUCAUAUUUUACGGGCUGGAAGACUGCUAACCAUUUUUUAACAUUUCAAAUGUUGGCUUUAUUUGAAAAAGGGGUGUUUUUGUGUUAAAUGAUGUCAGUAGGUGCGCCUUGCGAGGUCCAGUUAGUUGUAUCUCUUUUCUUCUUUCUCAGUCUUCCUUAUCCCGUUGCUGUGGCGUUGCAGUGCCACAUGCACAGCACAUUGUGGCCUGAUCAAAGCAGUUUUGCAAGGAGAAAUUAACCCCAUUCAGACCAGUGGGGGUUUUUGAGCCCCUUCCCUCCCCUCGCUAAAAUGUUGAAUAACUUCGCCAGUUCAAAAACGUUCAAGCUACAUGUAAGGCCGCCCAACUUACUGACGUUUCCUUAUAUUUAUCUGUUGACAUUUUUAUGUCUUCUUGACGUGUACGACAAGAUAAGGUAGCCUGCAAACAAAGCCGUAUUUCUAGUUGUUUUUUCUCUCCACGGCUAACUAAGGUCUAAAAGACGGCUGCUCACUCAAGUUAGAGAAAAAGAGGCUCUGUCCGGAUUGCGCAAGCCUUUGAAGUCGUUGUGGACAAUAUCAAUCUCGUCAAACUGGUUUUUCGAGUGCGAGCAUCCGUGUAUUGAUAAACCGAUUGUCAUAACUGAAUCCGCUAUACCAAGCGUACGGCUAUGGGUCCUGGGUUCGAAGUUGUAUUCAAGCAACAAGCAGCGCAUGCUCAACAAUGAUCUCGAUUCAAUCAGUCUUCUCAAAUACGCCAAAAAUUGAGAAAGAGAAAUAAAGGCUCUGCUAACAGGGCGACACUAGCCCUGUCAGUACCAUGCAUACCUUUUUUGUUUUGUUUCCAUUUUUUAUAUAUCUUUUCGUUCCUCGUGCUUGUUUUCCGUUCCGUGUUCCUCGUUUUAGUAACAUCCAAAAUAUUAGCUUGUCGUUUUGAAAACAAAGAGCCCUGAAGGGUAUUAUCAUGCAAUAUCAUUUAAUAAGGUUGGCAAAGUCAUUAUUUGAGGCACGUCCUAACCAAUUAAAAAAACUGAAACGGUUCGUAAGGAGGAAUUAAAAUACUUCCCACAGUUUCCACUGAUCUUGCAGCUUGUGACGCCUUGUAAAGAUAAAAAUAUAUAUUUUACAUGAUAUUGUAAAAUACUUUCAAAUAAUUGAACAUGACCGGAGGUAAGAUUAAUUACUAUCUCACUCAGAAACCAUUCUUUUUUUAAAGUGUUUUGACAGACAACGAGGUCAAUUCUUACUUUUUCAAUUUAUUUUUUAUUCGGUUUUAUUUCUGACUAAAUUAAAGUGCAGCCAACAGCAAUCCUAGAAGUUAAAAGAUAUAUUAUAUUUAUUUAUUAAACACUGAUAAGCUGCUCGCGAUGCUGGUAAGUUUUGGGUUCAAAUUUGAAAAUUUCAUCUUUCAAAAUAAUGACACAACGCAUUAUUUUUUUUAGUCAAAGCUGUAUGUGUAUAAGAGCAAAGGAUUUAUUUUACCAUUUUAAUUAUGGCCUUUCUCGUUGUUAUGAAAAAAUCAUUUUUUCAUGUUUUGAUCACAUCAUUUUGCGAAGACAAACAAAAAAGGAGUUCCUCGUUAAACACCAAAUUGAGAUGACUCUACUUCAAUUAGUGGGCUGAAAUCAAACUUUUGUUUAGUCCACGGACAGUAAAUAAAAGGUCAUCAACGCGCAAUAUUUUUUUACAGAAAUGAUGAAAGUGAAUGUAAAAUUUGAAGUGCAUAUAAUUAAUAGUUUGUCCAGAGAAAGCGUCGCUUUACGGGUGUGAUUUUGAUGUGAAAUAACAGUUGUGAAACGGUUGAUAAACACAACUCGUUUUCUUCAAUGGAUAAGGUAUUCUCUACGGUGAUAACUUUCAUUGCUAUUCCAAUUUAUGUCUGCAAUGUUGUGGGGAACUUUCUUGUCAUUGUGGUUAUUCAGAAGGACAAAAAGCUGCGCGAAAGUCCAAAUACCUUCCUUUUACUGAGCCUCGCUCAUUCAGAUGUUUGGUUCUCCAUUUUGGCUUUUGCUAAUGUAGUUUUAAUCUCCAAGCAGGCCACGUAUGCCGUCCGGGAAUUUUUUAUGAACGCACUGGCUUCAAUUUAUAUCCUAGUCGCCCUUGCAGUGGAGAGAUACUUUGCGAUUCUCAGGCCCUUUGUUCACCUGAAAAGAGCCAGAAAAAGUCUGCUCAGUAAAGUAGUGCUUGUGAUAUGGCUCCUGGCUGUCGUUUUGAGUGCACCUGGAUAUUACAUAGCUGCUGUAAGAAAAGGGAUCAAGUAUGGUUGGACUGGAAUAAACACGACAUUAAAUGAAACAUGGGUCGAACCUCUUUGGUUCCAAACUUUUAGCACAGCUUAUGCGUUAGUGCUGUUCAUAUUUGGUUAUAUUUUUCCAAGCGCUGUCAUCAUUUUGUGCUAUUCACGUGUGAUUUACCAUGUUUGGUUUAACGCUGACUCUAGCAGAUCUACGCAAGCUGGCCUCGUUAAGUCUCGACGUAAAAUAACGAAACUUUUCAUACUUGUCACUGUUGUCUUCACAAUUACUUGGACGCCGACGUUCGUGGAGCUCAUUGUUGCAGCAUACGGCGAACACAGCGAGGAAAACAUGAAACUCGAGUUAUUUUCCAUGCUGCUUGGGCUUACAGGUUCGGCAGCAAAUCCGCUGAUUUAUUCAUUUCGUAGCCCAAAAUUUCGACAAGAAGUUUGCAAAUUGCUGACUUGCAACUGCUACUGCAAGAAAAAGAUAGUACGGCGCAGUAACAAGGUAUCUGGAGCGUUUACGUACAACGUGUCUUUAACAAAAAUGGAAUCAAUGAGGGAAAAUACCCCUUUUCAAGGCCAUAGGGUUUUCCAUGGUAAAACAGUGUGA